AUGUCCAAAACAUUACUCAUUAUUGCCACUGUGUUUGGCAUCUGUUCGGCUCAUCCACAAUUUCGAAAAUUGGAUUGCCUCACUGAAGACAAGUCUGUUCGUGGUGGUCCGGAAAACUCAAAGUGCCAUUUGGUCAUAAAAGAUCUCGAAGAUGAGGAGCCUGGUCGUGAUGCAGCUGAAGGUGACGGCUGUUUCUCGGAGGAAGCUGGAACCGAUCAACGGGUAUAUUGCGAUAUGAUCUGUCCUAAAUCACACGCCGUCUUCCAUUCUAAAUCGCUAAAUCAUCGUGCAUGCUUCAAGUUCCACACAUACGGCGUUCGUUACUUACUUUUAAAAUUGGAACAACGUGGCGAAGACUGGUUCUUAUGGCGGUCGGGCAAAUGCCUCAACAGCACGGCAGUAUUCGAUGUUGGCUGCAAAUUUGAUGCACCAUUCAAAACCCAAUUCGCUAGUGAUAAGGAAAUCUUCGCUCGUCUUAAGGCACGAAAAGCGUAG